AUGGAAGCCUCUACCCCUGAGUACCCAAGCCUUCUCGGGGACUCAAUGCCUAUUGGAAACGACCACUGGCAGUCAAUAUUCGCCCAAUGUACAGCCCAUGAUGAUCAACUCCAUCCAUAUAUGGAGUUCGGUGAUGGUCUGUUCGCAGAUGCAUCGAUAGACAACUUAGAUCUCGACCGGAGUGUCGAUCUUGACCCCAGUGUAUACCUUGAUACCUUUGGAGCGGGUCAUCCCAACCCUUUUGGCACUGUUCCAGACCUCUGCUCUGUUCCUGUACCUCUGCACCCCGAUGGACUUCACGAUCAUGAUGAACCGACGCUGGAUUGCUCCACGCUUCCCGAUCUCUCCACCCCACUAUUCGCCGUGCCAGAUUCAAUCCUCACUCCAGUCCAAACACCACCCCAAGCUGCAGCAGCUUCUUGUCACUCACAACAUCAAACCCCUUGCAUAAUAACUGCGACGCAAUCCCUUCGCUCACUCCACAUCCCCCAGACGAGUUGCGUCUCCCGCCGAAACGCCGGUAGCCAUGAUGGCAGUGAACUCGAGCCACCACGCAUGUCCGGCUCAGUUCUUAAAGCAAAUAAAGAUGCAGGCAUGUCAGUCUGCCGCAUGCUACAGUGCGUCUGUGCUCUCCGCCCACAGAACCAGCUGAUACUAGCAAUUAUCUGUUCCCGACUAGUUGCGUGGUACCGCGCGAUGAUCCGGGCGUGCUUUAUGAACGGACCCAACAGGUCCUCCGGAAACAGUGUGAAUAGUGGGCCCGACGAGGCAAGGCCCUCGUUAGAGAAGGUGGUUCAUCAACCCGUCACGAUCGGAGACCACUCGGUCGAUGAUCAGGCACUGGGAUUGACUAUUCAAGCGCAAGUCACGCUAGGUGAAUUACAACAUAUGCAGCGACUGGUUGAGACUCUGUCGGCUCGCAUGCGGGAAACCGCUCACCCAUACCCGGAAGGGAUGCAUGGCUUUGGAGCCGAAGUCGGGUUCCCAUCAGCCGGGCUCCCAGACACCACGCAUGACCGAUUGGUGGCGCACCUGUUGAAGGAAGUUCAUGCAGCCAAGGCUGAUUUAAUGACUGCUUCGGCGUCACCAUGA